GCGGCGGCCUCAGCAGCAGUAGGAGAGCGGCGGCGGCGGCAGCAGCCAGGACUCUGGAGUCAGAGUAGGACUGUAGGAUCGCAGCCCGAGUGGGAACAGGAGUGGAGCUGGCCUGGGAGAGGAGUGCAGCCCUCGAGGGGCCCUGAGGCCACCCCUUGCCCGCACUCCCACUGCCAGACCUCCAGGGAGGAGAGACCCAGGACACCCAGCCCCAGAGCCCCCAGCCUCAGGAUGGCGUCCUCCCUGCUUGAGGAGGAAGCUCACUAUGGCUCCAGUCCCCUGGCCAUGCUGACGGCAGCUUGCAGCAAAUUUGGUGGCACCAGCCCUCUGCGGGACUCAGCGACACUGGGCAAAGCAGGCGCCAAGAAGCCAUACCCUGUGGGCAGUGACCUUUCAGCCCCGAAAACCAUGGGGGAUGCCUACCCAGCCCCCUUUACAAGCACCAAUGGGCUCCUCCCACCUGCAGGCAGUCCUCCUGCGCCCACCUCGGGCUAUGCCAAUGACUACCCUCCUUUUUCCCAUUCGUUCCCUGGGCCCACGGGCACCCAGGACCCUGGGCUACUAGUGCCCAAGGGCCACAGCUCUUCUGACUGCCUGCCCAGUGUCUACACCUCUCUGGACAUGGCACACCCCUACGGCUCCUGGUACAAGGCAGGCAUCCACGCAGGCAUCUCACCGGGCCCAGGCAACGCUCCUACUCCUUGGUGGGACAUGCACCCUGGGGGCAACUGGCUAGGUGGUGGGCAGGGCCAGGGUGAUGGGCUGCAAGGGACACUGCCCACAGGUCCGGCUCAGCCUCCACUGAACCCCCAGCUGCCCACCUACCCGUCCGACUUCACCCCCCUUAAUCCAGCUCCCUACCCGGCUCCUCACCUCCUGCAGCCAGGGCCCCAGCAUGUCUUGCCCCAAGACGUCUAUAAACCCAAGGCAGUGAGCAACAGCGGGCAGCUGGAGGGGAGCGGUGGGGCCAAGACCCCGCGGGGGGCCGGCACUGGGGGCAGCGGCGGAUACGGAGGCGGUGGAGCAGGGCGCUCCUCCUGCGACUGCCCCAACUGCCAGGAGCUUGAGCGCCUGGGGGCGGCAGCCGCUGGGCUGCGGAAGAAGCCCAUCCACAGCUGCCACAUCCCCGGCUGCGGCAAGGUGUACGGCAAGGCGUCGCACCUGAAGGCGCAUCUGCGCUGGCACACGGGCGAGCGGCCCUUCGUCUGCAACUGGCUCUUCUGCGGCAAGCGCUUCACCCGUUCGGACGAGCUGGAGCGCCACGUGCGCACCCACACCCGGGAGAAGAAGUUCACCUGUCUGCUCUGCUCCAAGCGCUUUACCCGGAGUGACCACCUGAGCAAACACCAACGUACCCAUGGCGAGCCAGGCCCAGGACCCCCUGCCAGCGGCCCCAAGGAACUGGGGGAGGGCCGCAGUGCAGGGGAAGAGGAGGCCAGUCAGACGCCCCGACCUUCAGCCUCCCCAGCACCCCCAGAGAAAGCCCCUGAAGGCAGCCCAGAGCAGAGCAAUUUGCUGGAGAUCUGAGCGGGAUGGAGGGGCUCCAGGCCCAGGGCUGCCUUGCUGGCCUUCCCUGGCCUCGUGGACCACUGCUUGCCCCUCACUCCCUUAGCCCCAUGCAUGCUGCCCCUGGGGCUCUUGCCAGCUCUCCCCUGGCCCGUUUUAGGCCUGGGUGUCUCCCGGCAUGCCUCCGCAGCUCACCCCUCCCUUUGCCGUGAGCCUGUUCCACAGACUCUCAUCUCAGGCCCUCACCUUGUGCCUGGUUUCUGCCCUCUGGCUUCCUAAGAUCUUCCCUCACUCCUGCACACAGCUUCCCUCUCCUCUGCUCUUACCACCCCAUCUCAUUUUCCUUCCAUCUGGGUUCCUGACACUUUGUUUCUCCAGCUCACUAACUCCUUGACAAGCAUCCUUCCUGCUUCCCAAGCUUAUUUACCACUAUUGCUUAGCUUCCAGGCUCCAGUCAUCCCAGCUUCUUCUUCCACUUGCUUUCCAUGCUCCAGAACGUUUUUUUGUUUUUGUUUUUUUACAAACAUAAUGAUGAU